UGGGGUAUCUCAGGUCCCUCGGGCUGUGGGGUGGGCUCUGAAAGGCAGGUGUCGGGGUGGUGGGUCCUGAAUAGGAGAUGCCGGGAAGGGUCUCUGGGUCUUUGUGGGUGGUGUACCACGCGGGAUGGGAAGGCCAGGGCUCAGGGCUGUGGUCUCAGACCCGGGUGAAGCAGUGUCCUUGUCCCAGGGGCUGCUGCUGUUGCUGCUGCUGAGCAUGGGUGGGACAUGGGCAUCCAAGGAGCCGCUUCGGCCACGGUGCCGCCCCAUCAAUGCCACCCUGGCUGUCGAGAAGGAGGGCUGCCCCGUGUGCAUCACCGUCAACACCACCAUCUGUGCCGGCUACUGCCCCACCAUGACCCGCGUGCUGCAGGGGGUCCUGCCGGCCCUGCCUCAGGUGGUGUGCAACUACCGCGAUGUGCGCUUCGAGUCCAUCCGGCUCCCUGGCUGCCCGCGCGGCGUGAACCCCGUGGUCUCCUACGCCGUGGCUCUCAGCUGUCAAUGUGCACUCUGCCGCCGCAGCACCACUGACUGCGGGGGUCCCAAGGACCACCCCUUGACCUGUGAUGACCCCCGCUUCCAGGCCUCCUCUUCCUCAAAGGCCCCUCCCCCCAGCCUUCCAAGCCCAUCCCGACUCCCCGGGCCCUCAGACACCCCGAUCCUCCCACAAUAAAGGCUUCUCAAUCCGCA